CCAACUUCUAUCAGUGCUUUUUUAAGCUUCCAGCUGCAGUCCCGGAGCACGCAACGCUGCCUUGAUAUGCUCAAUAUGAGUAGUCAGAGGCUAAUGUUGUCCUCUUAUAUUGUCAUCGAAUCGAUGGAUGACUUUACCAGUGCCAAACACCAUGGAUAGUACUGCAGAAGAGCUCGCCAGCUAUCUCGUACAGCAACUCAAAGUUAAAGUAGCUGGAGAGCGGCUCUUAGUUGCUAUCGCAGGCGUCCCUGCGUCAGGCAAAUCGACCCUGGCUGAGCUGGUGGUCGCCAAAGUUAACGCACUUUUGGCUGCUGAUAACGUCACGCAUCACACUUCUGCCAUUCUGGUUGCCUUGGAUGGGUGGCAUCUGACACGCGCACAACUAGAUGCCAUGUUGGAUCCUAAACUUGCGCAUGAUCGUCGCGGUGCACACUGGACUUUCGACGGACCAUCUUACGUCGAGUUUGCCAAGCUUUUGCGUCAACCGGCAACUGCUGUGAUAACUGCCCCUUCUUUUGAUCAUGCCCUGAAAGAUCCCACCCCUCACGCUGUGUCGAUAUACCCUUCCCACCGCCUGGUUGUGAUCGAGGGUUUAUACUCCAUGUUAAAGCACGAAAUAUGGGAGAAGGGCGCACAGCUAAUGGACGAACGGUGGUGGAUACAGGUAGAUCUGGAGGAAGCGAAGCGACGAUUGGUCAAGAGGCACGUCCUCACGGGCGUGGCUAAAGAUAUGGAAGAGGCAAUAUGGAGAGCCGAGCAGAAUGAUGAACCAAAUGGGAAGUUUAUUGCGGAAAACCUAUAUGAACCCACAAGGAUCAUCAAGAGCUUGGACGACCCCAAAUAUACCCUUUGACCUACUGCAAAAAAUUAAAUCUCACUUCUCCGAAUGCAAUAAAAUUUUAGGCUUCUACUGGGAC